AUGAAGUUGAUAUUCUCUGAACGGGACGCGACGAACGAGACAAUUCUCACGGGGCAUGUGUACGAUGACAAAGCCAACAAACGCGUGAUCAAAGAGCUACAUCAGAAACCUAGAACCGCCCGCCGCAUUCUUGGUUGCGCGAAGAAGGUGUGUGGCGGUGCAUUCUCCGGACACAACGUGCACUUCUCAGAUGGCGAGAAAGAGGUAAUAAGGUGUCUGACCGAGGCUGGUUCUAGCUUUAAGCUAAAGGGAGAGUCCGCUAACUGGGUCACUCGAGCGCGAUCGAACCUGCGCAAGGCCUCGCUACCGAUUGUCGAGGCCAUCAAAGAAACCUUUGGGCACGAGAUCGAUAUAUAUCUCAAGCAUUUCGCCAAAGUUCUGGCGAAUCGGGAUACCCGUCUGGACUGGACUUGGCGAGAGAAUACUUGCCAGAACUUCGCCACAAAUCUCAUCAAAGACUUGCGAAUCUAUGGCACGUUCCAUCACAUGCCCUUAGCUUUCAUUGAUGAUGAAAAAGUUCGCAAUGCGAAGGAUUGGUCCUGUCCUCGAUACGCCAUGUCCUUCGGGUCAAGCAUCGACACACCGCUAGCGUUACUGCGACCGCAGCCUCGCUCCCUCAUUUGGAACUUCUACCAUAGACACCGGGACAACUGCGACCUUGUGGAAUUCGGAGAAAUAUACCGUAGGAAGCCUUGCGCCUUUCCGACCGAGGCAUGGCUGCUGCUCGACGGCAUUGAAGACACCGGAGAAGCGAAGAUUUCGUUGGUAGAUGCUCUGUGGAGCAUACCGAGGGACUCCAUAUCUAUCUUACACACGCAUCUCUUGCGCGACUCAUCAGUGUACUCCAACACGGGACAAAAGGUUUUGACCAGAGAGCAAUGGGUACAGAAUCGUCUUCGCGUAAUGCACCAGCUGGAUGUCUUCGCAAGUCUGAGCGGUGCGCUCACUGCUGCGCUGAUGGAACAACGGAUCGAAAAACGACAUCUCAUCGCAAAAUCCGCUCAUCCUCUUGCAGAAGACUAUGGUGACUUUCACGCCGAGGAAAGAAUGAAGAUCGUUGAUGUGGGUGGGCGCUUUAUAUACUCCGUCUCAGGACGUGAGAGAAACUGGCACAAAGCAGAGUGGAUGCAUCUCUUUAGAAAACUAAAGAACGUGGAAUAG